UUUAGUUUAGUUUAGUUUAAAAUUUGCAUAAUUUUUGCAAAUUAUUAAAUAUGAAAAAUAUGACUUCAUAUAUAAAGAAAAAAUUAUUAUUAUGACACAUAUAAAUGUAGGGCUUUCCAAAAAAAAUGCCCUGCAUUUAUAAAUGUCUUUAAAAAUGGGGCAAUUAAAAAAGGGGCCAACCAUAACCAUGUCCACAUAUUUCAAAUACAUGACGCGGUGGUCGAAGAGGCCAUAACAAAAAUGAAAAAUGCCAUGUUAUAUUCGAUGACCACCCCAAAUUCAGUCAUUAUGGAUGUCACUUUUAGAAUGUCUGUGGAGGAGAGGUCUCGUUUGCCGUCUGAAGAAAGUGUGAAAAAGGCUCUAAGACGGCCAUUUAAUUCACAUUAUAAGAAAAAUUCUUCCGGCAUGCCUGAAGAUCUGGUACAACAUAUUUUAUAUGAUUCAGGUGUGUCGGAAGCAAAUAGAAUUCUUAUUUUUGCCCAUGAGGAGAUGGCUGCCGGCUUAGAGUCAGCCGAUAUUUGGAUGGCAGACGGGAUAUUCGCGGUUGCUCCCCAACCGUUUUUCAAAAUGACAUCCCUACCUCCAGGUAGCAGGAACUUCAAGCGCCACAAGAGUAUGAAGAUCUAUAUGAGCGACAUUUUAACAGAUCGGUAGUUUGGAAGUAUUUUGGGACGAG